GAAAACGCUGACAGUUAAUAUCACUCCAUAAUUUAUAGAUGUGACUUUGAUUUUUUUUCACUUUUAAAAAGCUGCAGAACAGCACAGGAAAGAUUAAUUUGCAGCCCUUUUUCCCCUCAAAAUUUUAAGAGGAAGACCGCUGGCUUAUGCUAUAUUUAAUGGUCUGAGUUCCUUAAUGCUGUCAUAAAAUGAAGUGUCUCAAGUGAAAGGUUUCAAUGAAUGGUCAUUCACAGUGAAGAGAAACUAGAGGAGGAAAUAGGUGCUUUAGCAGCAUCUGUAAAAUUAAAACAUGGAAACAACUGUCUGUGAUUUAGAAACAUGUCGAUUUUUAAAGGCAACCCUAACCACACACAGACACACAGAUACACACGCAGAGAUACCCAUACAAAAGAGAGUUCAUACUUUCUGUCCCAUUUUCCCUCUCUUUCUUCAAAAGUAGCUUUCUUAAAUGCAUUGUUUACUUUAUUUCCUUGAAAUGAUGCUUUCCUGUUAUUUUCAGCGCUGGGUUUUCAAUGGUUGGUCCAAAAGGAAGAGGAAAAAAAAAAUCCCAGACUCUUCAUUCAUUUAUUUAUUUAUUUUUAAAAUAGGACAACAAUAACCAACCAAUCAAACCAAUUGUCUCCUAUAGGGGCAGCUUCUCUUUUUGUUGUGUUUGUUUGUUUGUUCCAUUUCGAUUUUUCAACAACAACAACAAACAACAACAACAAAAAUCGGAAGAAGGGAUGCCACGAGCUGAAUAGGCUGCCGACUCAUAACCCCACAGGCGUAGAGUCAGAAGAGAAGAGACGAAAACCUCACUGUAAAUGCGUAACCAACACUCAGUUGGUUUCCUGUUUGUCUUUAAACCCCAUCAAAAUAUCGCCAAGAAAAUAAUAUUUCUAUUGACACCGAAUUGGUCUGGCUGGCGUUUCUUUUACCUGUUGAGGUUACCUAAAUUGACCUCGCUGGCGCAUGUAUUUGCUGAGAUAAGUGAAGAGGCUCGCUUGCAAAAAAUCACCUAAGGAUAUUAAUGCGCACCUUUCAUAACCCUCCUUCAUUCAUUAGAUAUGUUUUUCCCCCUUCCCUUCUGAAGGCUGGUUUUUCCACGUACCCUUCACCCCCUUCAAGACCCCCCAAAUCCUUGUCAUUUUCUUUCUAGCCUGUCUUGGUGUGGAAGAGUGAUGAGUACAAAUCGCGUGUGAAAGCGCCACACCAUCGGGAUUUUGAGGAAUUUGCCUAUGGUGUUAAAGGGAAGGAGCAACUUACAGACAAACUGAGAGAGAGCUCUACCUACCGACAGAUACAAGAGAAGUCAAGAGCAUUAAGAGGCAUAAAGCAGCCGUAUACACACUCAGGCACUAUGAAACGUCUUUGAGAGCUCAUUAAAAAAAAAAAAAAAAAGCCACAAAACUCAGGACUUUAUACAGUCCAGGGAGAGCCUAGCACUAAUCUCUUAGAAUUAAAGACUUUUUUUUUUUUUCAUGCGAAAGUCAUGAGUUCCUACUUUGUAAAUCCUCUUUUUUCCAAGUACAAAGGCGGUGAAUCGCUGGAACCAACUUACUACGACUGCAGAUUUCCACAAAGUGUAAGCAGGAGCCAUGCUCUGGUUUAUGGUCCGGGCGCUACCGCUCCCAGCUUCCAACACCCUUCACACCAUGUCCAAGAGUUUUUCCACCACGGAACCUCCAGCAUCUCUAACUCUGGAUACCAGCAAAACCCAUGCGCCUUGGCGUGUCACGGAGACGCGUCUAAAUUCUAUGGAUAUGAAGCUCUACCAAGGCAGUCGCUUUAUGGUGCCCAGCAAGAGGCGACCGUUGUACAAUAUCCUGACUGUAAAUCGUCUUCCAACAGUAACUCUAGCGAGGGACAAGGCCAUUUAAAUCAAAAUUCGUCUCCCAGUCUCAUGUUCCCAUGGAUGAGACCACACGCUCCCGGAAGGCGCAGUGGCAGGCAGACUUACAGCCGGUAUCAGACCCUGGAGCUAGAAAAAGAGUUCCUCUUCAACCCUUAUUUGACACGGAAGCGGCGGAUUGAGGUCUCUCACGCCCUGGGACUGACGGAGAGGCAAGUGAAGAUAUGGUUCCAAAACAGGAGAAUGAAAUGGAAAAAAGAAAACAACAAAGACAAGCUCCCGGGGGUCAGGGACGAAGAGAAAACCGAGGAAGAAGGGAAUGAAGAAGAGGAAAAAGAAGAGGAGGAAAAAGAAGAAAGCAAGGACUGAUUUCUCAGCUCCUUGAAGUCUCGUUUUAUGGCAGAUGAUAAAUCGAGAUGUUUACGACGGUCAUUUGCUUUUAUAGAGUAUAGAAUGGAGAGCCUCACACAGCAGUAACUACCUGUCAAAGAGUUCUAGCCUUUUUUAUUGUCAUAGAACAACUUCCCCUACUUUUUUCUGUAUAUAUAUAUAUAUAUAUAUAUAUAUAUAUAUAUAUAUAUAUAUAUAUAUAUAUAGCGGCAUUUUUGGUUUCAUAAAUAUAUAGUUGGCUUUACUACAACAGCAGGAGGGGGGAAAAAACAACACAAAACAAUCAUUGAAGCAAAUGCCACAUCUCCAAACAGUAGAUUCUCCCCUACUCCCACUUCUAUCUGUCUAGAUAAAGAUAUAUAGAUAGAUAUAUAAAUGUAUGCAUCUUAUGUAUUCGUUUUAAUAGGUUUGAAUAGUAUUUCUUCUCUACCUUGGUUUUCCCCAUUCAUGACCCAAGGGGAAGUAUGAUAUUGCUUUCUGCUAGUCUUAGCUUUUUAAAAAUAUCUAUAUAUCUAUGUAUCUUCAGUGCUAAUACCCAGUUAUCAUUUAACUUUUAGCUGCCUGUCUGAAUUGGAAGAUUGGAGGAUGACCAUAGGUGAUACCACGCACAUAUUAGCUAUAUAUGAAUAUAUCUGUAUGUAGAUAAUACCUAUACGCCUAUGUCUCGGUAGGCCAAAACAUGAAGGCUAAGAGCCUAACAUUUCAUGAUUUAUAUAGGCACUGUUUACCAUUUCACUGUGUGAGCACUCGAAAUUCUUAAUAUACUACCUAAAGGGAAACCUGCAAUAAUAAUCAAAUCUAUUAUCAACAAGGGGCUUACAUAUCCUAAAUUUUACUUGGUCAGAAUUUAUUAAAGGAAAAGAGCGAGCGAGCUGCGUUUUGCCCUGAUGCAAGCUACUAAGUAGCAUAAAAUAAAAUGAUAAUAAUAAAAAAAACUUGUAAUGUACUUUUCACUACCUAUAGAAGGAGUCAUGCUUUCAAAGUAUUUGUAAUGCGGUUUUGUUGUAUUUGUUGCUGCUUAUUUUCUUGGAAAAAAAAUUUCCCAACAACUGAAACUGCCUAGUUGAGAACGCACAGUAUUGUAUUAUUUUAUUGUGCUUAUAAAGUAGUGUAGAACUAAAUUGCACUGAAUGUAUAGUUAUCUAUUUGUCUUGACUUAUCUGUUAAUGCAACAUGCUCGAAAAAAAAAGUCAUUUGUUUUAUGUAAAAGCAUAGUUCUGCGUGUUCAAACUCUGAAUGUAGCAAUUUCUGCCAGAAGCCAAUUUCUGGACACCGUGGAUUUGUAUUGUAUACGUGAGACAUUACGUAAAUAAAUAAAUAAUAAUAAUUAAAAAAA